UUUUUUUUUUUUUUUGCUCAGUAAUAUAUUGUUCUUUAUUGAGAAGAACGAACGUUAACGAUGUUUAGAUAUGUUGCGCGCGUUGCUACGCCCCUGGCGACAACACUAGUCCGCCGGACUGUUCCUGUUACUGUUCGCGCUGCAAACAAAGGCGCAUUCAGUAUUCCAGCUUGUAAUUUUGCAACAGCAGCUAAACCUAGCACUUCCGAAGUUUCCUCUGUUUUGGAAUCACGCAUCCUUGGUGUAUCUUCCAGUGCAGAAAUUCAAGAAACUGGUCGUGUAUUAUCAAUCGGUGAUGGUAUUGCUCGUGUAUACGGACUUAGAAACGUCCAAGCGGAAGAAAUGGUGGAAUUCUCUAGCGGUCUUAAGGGUAUGGCUCUCAAUCUGGAAGCGGAUAACGUUGGUAUUGUCGUAUUUGGUAACGACAGAUUGAUUAAGGAAGGCGAUACUGUAAAGCGUACUCGUCAAAUUGUGGAUGUACCGGUUGGCCCGGAAUUGUUAGGUCGUGUAGUUGAUGCUUUGGGUAAUCCAAUCGACGGUAAAGGCCCUAUAGCAGCAAAAUUACGAAGUCGUGUCCAAGUUAAAGCUCCUGGUAUUCUUCCUCGUCGUUCCGUACAUGAGCCUAUGCAGACUGGUAUAAAAUCAGUUGAUGCUAUGGUACCAAUUGGACGUGGACAACGUGAAUUGAUUAUCGGAGAUCGUCAAACUGGAAAAACUGCUGUUGCUCUUGAUACAAUUCUUAAUCAAAAAAAAUGGAACGAUGGCAAUGAUGAGAGCAAAAAAUUAUAUUGCGUUUAUGUUGCUGUAGGUCAAAAACGUUCGACUGUUGCCCAAUUGGUACAAACCUUAGAAGAAAAUGAUGCCUUGAAAUAUUCAAUUAUUGUAGCAGCUACGGCUUCCGAAGCUGCACCACUUCAAUAUUUAGCACCAUUCUCUGGGUGUGCUAUGGGUGAAUGGUUCCGUGAUAAUGGAAAACAUAGUUUAAUUAUUUAUGAUGAUUUGUCAAAACAAGCUGUUGCAUACCGACAAUUGUCAUUGUUGCUACGUCGUCCACCAGGUCGUGAAGCUUAUCCUGGUGAUGUGUUUUACCUUCACUCUAGACUAUUAGAACGUGCCGCCAAAAUGAAUGAACAAAAUGGUGCUGGUUCUUUAACUGCAUUACCAAUUAUUGAAACUCAAGGUGGUGACGUGUCAGCUUAUAUUCCCACCAAUGUAAUUUCUAUAACUGACGGUCAAAUUUUCUUGGAAGCUGAACUUUUCUUUAAAGGUAUACGUCCGGCCAUUAACGUCGGUAUAUCCGUAAGCAGAGUAGGUAGUUCUGCCCAAACCAAAGCUAUGAAACAAGUCGCCGGAUCCCUUAAACUUUACUUAGCACAAUAUCGUGAAGUCGCUGCUUUUGCACAAUUCGGUUCAGAUUUGGAUGCUUCAACGCGUUUCUUGUUGAAUCGUGGAGAACGAUUGGUUGAACUUUUAAAGCAACCUCAAUAUAGACCAAUGUCAACCGAACAUCAAGUUCCUCUUAUCUUUGCAGGUGUUCACGGAUUUUUGGAUAAAAUAGAUAGUAAACGUGUAACUGAAUUUGAAUCUUCACUCAUUCCACAUUUGACGUCUAAUCACUCUGAUGUAUUGGAGACAAUUAAAAAAGAUGGUGUAAUCUCUGAUGCAACUGAUAAGAAACUGCGGGAAAUUUUAACAGAGUUCUUAAAAUCUUUUUAAUCAUCAUUAAAUGAAAAAAAUCAAGGGGAAAAAAUUUCAGAAAAAUUAUAAUAAAAAAAAAAA